AGGCCAGGUGGUGGGGGAAGAUCACUCGCCCGCCCCUGCUGCUCCCAAGGAGGUGUUUCUGCAUCCUCGAUCAAUUUUUCGCAAGCAUCGGUGGUAAGCUUUGCGACAUCGCAAAAUUAAAUAGAUGCGGACAUAGGUCGGACUCUUCUAUCAUACGCUCGAAGGCAGUAGUACUUAGCUUUUAUUGGUGUGAGAGCUCUUGUCCCUUCCUCGCUCGCUCGCUUUUCGUGCUCGUAUUCGUGCGCAUAGUUAAAAGUAAAACCAAGGUGGACGAUGACUUCGAACAUUAACAUUUCGUCGUCGAAAGUGCAAACGGUCGCAAAAAAGAACAAAUCGUAUCGCCGCAAUCUUCUUGCUAAAUCAAACCCGAAUGUCCACUGACAUUCUCACUCACUGCACACGUUUUCAUACAAAUUAGGGGUGGAGCCUUGAUAUUGUACCCGUCAUGGGAACGGGAGUUAAUUAUCAAUUUUUGAACUUUAUCCAAGACCAAGAUUCAAUAAAAGUCUGAAAGCCCUCCAUCAGUUUAACCAUGUCGGCCAAAAUGCAGAACACCAGCACUGACCACAGAGAGGAUAAGAACAACUCCUUAGCACAAAACGACGAGCAGCAGAACUCCUCUAGCACUUUGCGACAGAGGCGUGGAGCUGGUGGUGCAAAUGGUCGACAGAACAACCCGAAGGGUCCCAACCUCCAGAACAACUCCGAUUACACGCCGCAGAGAAAUAACGAGAAGAACAAGAAGGGACUAAAGCAAGUUGUGUUAUCCCCAGCAACGCCUCCCGUGUCUUCAGACCAAAAGUUGUCCCCUGCAGCUUCCUCAAACCGCAACAAGCAGCCGAAGACGACGCCUGUGAAGAACCCUAAGCUGUCCAGUCCCCCGCGGACCAAGUCGAUCUCGGAACGAUGGAGAAAGGCGGAGUUUUGCACGAAAAACACGUUUUUUCCGACUACGGAGGAAAGUAAGUUGAACGCGCCUCCGGCGUUCAGAAGAGCUGUUGAAGGGGGUGGAGAUCAUCUUUGGCAGGCAGGUCAACACCAAGAAGGGAAAAGUGCUGCAUUUGUUCCAAGUCGUGCUGAUUCAUCUCACACUCACAACCAGAGCCGCAGCCAAAGUAGUAAAGUCUCCUUCGAGUAUCCCUUUCUGGAGCAGCUGCACCGGCGGGGGCAGAAACUCGGGCAAGACCCCCAGAACACACUGUACGAGUCGACGACGUUUGUGGGCGCAAUCCGGGAGGGAGUCAUGGGGACCGAUUUUUUCUACAGUUUCGUGGAGUUCGUUUUUCGCUUGCUUUUGCCGGUCGUCGCUGUGUUGGUCUUGCUGGUCGGCGGAGGCAUCUGCGUGCUUUUUCCAAGCAAUAGCACUUCUACCGAAGAAGGAGGAGGUGGUGGGAAUCCGAAUACCAGCACUGCGAUGGAUUUUCUAGAUUUUUCCAACUCGCUCUUUCACCAUUCCAGCGCGACGGUCCACGCGAUCCGCUUUUUCCAGCAGUUUUUUUGGUGGUUCGCGAUUCUGUUCGCCGUCGCAUUUUUCUCUGAAAAACACCUCUCCGGGUGGCGGCCCGAUUAUAGCGUGUGGCCAGAGGAAAACAAGCGGAUCAAAUCUUUGGCACACCUGAUCCAACCCGGAUUGUACUAUUGCGGAAUGACAUCUUCACCAAGCGGAGCAGUAUCGUCUGGCUCGAGAGGUGAGGAUCUAAUGGGAAACGAAUUUGCCGAUGGGAGGACAAGAACCGAAGCAACUUCAACAUCGCCUCCGUCUGCGAAGGCUUCGUCGUCUCCUGUGUCGAAAAGCAACAGCAAAUCAUCGACGUCUAGUGCCAAAAACCACAACAUUAUGGUGGAAUCCGGUUUGUGUGGGGGCAUCACCAGCGUCAUGAGCUCGGCGCAAUUGUUGGAGAAGAUUUUCACUUUCGGGACCACGCCCGGAGGCCGAGCAAGGCAAAGUGGGACGUCUCCUACUGCGGAUGGUAUCGCGUCCUCGAGCAGUCCGGCCAAUACCGGCGCUGCGGGUGAUCUGCUUUCAAAGCGGGAAACUCCUACUGACGGCGGCAGUAGCAGCAGCAGUUCUUCGGGUGCAAAGAAUGUAGUUGAUAACGGAAAAUCCAGAAUGAUGAACGCGAAGAAUUCAGAAGUAGAACUGGAAUUGGCUGAAAUGGAACCCAGCUCGCCCGCCGUGGUGUCCGUGGUCGCGCCUCAAGCUGAUGGCGAUAAAGAGGAUCAGCCAAGUGCAGGGGAAAAUACUGCUAUGGUUUCCACAGACCCCAUUUCCCACACUCCGUCCACAGCCAGCACUCGGACGACAGCAUCGGCAUCCUCAUCUACGGCUACUUCGAACGACGGGAACAAACUCUCUACAACUACCGCAUCAAGCACGAAUAGUACGUCCAACAACAGCAGGUGCAGGACCACCCCCGCAGAUACAAGCACAGCGACCACAACCACGGUGGUCAGCGAAAACAGCGCAAGUGGCAGCGGUGUUUAUUCUUCCAGCAAAACCGCACCCUCGUCCUUAUGCUCGCGCAAACUCGGAACCGCUGCCACCACCAGAAUGAGCGCCACAUCUUCCAACAACCUGUCCUCCUUCGUCCGCUAUUGGCGUGAGCACUGCAAUUUCCCCAAUUACGAGAAGAACUACGAGGCGUUCUGGGUAAAGUACCUGUACAAGUUUUUGCCGGGCGUGCAAACGGGCGACAUUUGCACACUGGUGCCCUACACCUGCUACAAGGCCCCGAAGGGAAAAAAAUACGACUGCCGGGUCUGGAUCCGCGUGCCGGCAGGCAGACCCGGCGUGGAGCGGGGUAAAGACCAGCAAAGCACUACUGCUUCAUCUCCGCCUUCUUGCGAGGACAGCAGUACGACCCUGGAAGAAGCCAUUGCGGUGGAUUUUACGUUCCCGAGCACGGAGGUGGACGUCGCGGGGGUUUUUGACAGUGCAACGACCAAGAACGAACCUAGUAAAAAGCGCAAACCCCUGCCGCUCGUCAUUCUGCUACACGGCCUGAACGGCGGGUCCCACGAAAUCUACGUAUUAGAUGCCGUCGAGGAGUUUCGGGAUCGCAAGAAGAUGGCGGUCUGUUGCGUUAACGCAAGAGGCAUGGGCGUGACGCCGAUCGCAAACUCGUAUUCCAUCUGGAACGCCUUGCGGUUCGAGGACGUCCGCAUCGCACUGCAGGAGAUUUUGAAGCUCUGGUACCAUGCCGGCUACGACUACGAAAACGUGUUUUGCGUCGGCUUUUCCAUGGGCGGGAUUCUUCUGAGUCAGGUGCUCAGCCACUGUGGGGAAAAUCUGUUCGACAGAGUUUCCCUAUGUCCUGCGGAGACUGCUGCAAAAACGACAACAGCUUCAGCACCAUCAAACAGCACGUCCGUGCCUACUACUGCUCUCGAAGAACAAGUCAUGGACUACUCCUUCCUGAAACUCCGGGGUGCAGUGGUGGUUUCGGGGCAACAGAAUACCCUACAGAACAUGAUUCGGCAGCGGGGGCACCGGAUGUGGCAGCCGAUGCUGGUUGCGGCUUUGAAAGACAACUUCGGAAAGUGGUGGAAACUGGUCGAAGAGAGGAUGAUGACGCAGACUGGUGACAAGUCGAACAGGACGAAGAUAAAGAACAAGAAGAUCGAUCCAAAAAAGAAAAACACAACAUCGCCUCCUGCGACAACAAAUAAUAGCUCAUCCCCUUUUAUGGGUGUGGUCGAACAAGCGGGCAGCGGCAGUACAUCGUCGUUGUCGUCGCCCUCCCCAACCAAGAAAACCAUCUCCAACUACCCGGAUCAUGAAUUUCAACAUCCCGUCGCAGCAGGCGAACAAACACGACGAGGAUUGCAGUCGCGAAUCCCACCCAUCCGGCUCUCGGACAUUCCCCACUACCAAAAUCCGGUGCCCGACUUUCGAAUGCCGGAUAGCAUGACAGAUUCCACGACUACAUCUGCGCCAGCGGACCAUUGGCUGCACUACCCCGACGACGCGUUUUUGCACGGGAUCGGCAUGCCCAACCACUUCCACCUUUGGGAAAACGAAAACCACAUGGGUACAGCUACCAGUGGAGAGGAUAUUAAGGAUAACAGCAGCAACAUUUCGUCACCGAGGACGAAACUACAGGCCUCGUCCCAGGAGCACAUUCCGGAGCUACAGCUGGACCACAAGCGAAUUCUGCAAGCGAACAACUGUGCGGAUUUUGACACCUACCUGGCCGUCCCCUUCUACCGGUUCGGGGUCGGGCUGCAGGGCCUCGCCAACUACUACGCCAGUCAGCGCACCGAGCUGUCCCAGCUGCAAAUGUGUCCCACCCUGUUUCUGCACGCGCUCGACGAUCCGGUCUGCUCCAGCUGGGGUUUCUUGGACCACGUCUUGUCGGCGUUGAAGACGUCGGAAUCAGGAAGUGGUACUAGUAGCAGUUGCGGCGUAUCCUACAGAAUGAACCAAGCGAGGGAAGCCUCGCACAAAGGAAUCCUCCUGAUGACCGCCACAGGCGGGCAUGUCGGGCUAUCAACUGCAAAUAUGUCUAGGUGGUUUUUGGAAAAAUGUGAUGCGAUGACGAUAUCGCGGAUGUUGAUAAAGCGAGUGCAAAUGCAAGCGGCCAAGCAGGGCAAUUUCUUGAGUGGCUAUCUACUUAUUUGCAUUUAUCGCUCUGCAUCUAGUCCUCAUUACGCUUUCGUGUAAUUUCGCCUGAGAAUAAGUAAAUAAAUCCAUCAGCAUCGACGCAUAGACUAUGGCGUGCUCUUUCACAACAUGCAGUCAUCAUGCAGAGUUUUGAGUCAUGAUGAUGAUGAUGAUGUUGAUGAUGCUCUCCUUCUCGCCAAAGCAGCAUGACAAGUUUUCAAAUUUCCCGCUUCCGACAUAUUUGCAACGCAUAGGCUUGGCCACGGAGCCAUGUGAAAGACGAAAAGCGGUGGUGCUACAUGAAGGAUGUUUUGUGUAGUUUUCUCAAGUAUGAAUUGCAAAGGUAUCGUACUCGUAUAUGUAUAAAUAAAUGCAUUACAAAUUUCCUCAGCAUGAGAAUAAAUAAACUUUGUCAUGCGGAUUUACCUUCGGAAAAAAAUUUGUAAUGCGUGACUGCAAUUACUACGAGUACGAUGCUUUUGCACAGCAUAUCAAAGCCUGCAGGGACUUUGCUGAGGAAGAGGAGCGGCCGAAAAUUCCUGGUGGCGUGUAGGCGUGGACCUCUGAGCCGUCAGGUUGCAGUGAGUGAACUUCUACCGCAUUAGCAUUCGACUAGAUUUUCGAGGAGAUUCGAUUUUCCAACGGCUCGCUCCGUCUUGGGCUGUUCUAUAUUUUGACUUUUCUUGGGCUGGACUUCAACUUUCUUCUCUUGAUUGUAGCACUUUCAGAAGUUGGCGCAGUAGACUGAAACUGAUAUUAACGCAGACGAUUCGCUGCCUACGCGCAGCUUGUAAGUACAUUCAUUGCGUCGCAUCAUUUUCCUUUCUGUUUCGAACUUUAGCGCUUCUUUUUUCUGUCUAAUGUCUAUUUCGCAAAUAAUUUGUUAGUCAAGUACGAGGACGCUUGGUCUUCCGCUUGCGAUAAAGGUUUUAUUCACGAAUGAACUGUACAAUUAUCUUGAAUAAGGGUCGUGGAAGGUGUCAUGCGCUUUCCUCUUAAGGUGAUGUGUGGAAUUCGUCACAGUCUAUCAGUGACUGGCUUAUCAUGG